AUGGCUGAUAAUGCCGAACCAGAUUAUGCCUUUUGGCAAGAGGAACAGGAGAAAAGAUUGAAAACAGAAGAUAUUCUAGCACGCAAAGAGCAAGAAAUUCCAAUUGCCGGUGGCCUACCCCAAGGAAGUCUAGUUUCAUUGGAUAUGAAAAGAGAUGAAUGGGCAGCUAUAUUGAAAGUGAUUGUGGAUGCUAUAAACGAACACGAUCGAACGAUUGACGAUGCUGGUAUACAAUUCAUAAGCAAUCAAUGUAUCAAGAUGAGGGAGAUGAUAGUGGCAGGACAUCAACAAGCAAUGUCAUACCGAGCUAAAGGUCGCGUAUGGCGGGGCUUACGAAACCGUUCCGAGCAAUACAUUUUGGAGUUCCGAAGAGCGACGCAGUAUUAUUUCACUACUCAAAAGGAUAAUCCGGAUCAAGAUAUGGAUCCCGCGAUAUUCCGAACAGCGGUUGCGGAUUGGCAUGCGGCUAUCACUACGACUUUGAGGGUUCUUCGUGAAGCUUUGGGAGAGGAAGAGAGUCAAAGGGAAGCUGAGGAUGUGGAAUAUGAUUCAGAUACUCAAGAGCCUGUCAUUAAUCUAAGGCGAAAUCAUAGUACACCUCAGCAAUUCAGCAAACUUGUUCAGGAAGUUAUUGAAAUGGUAGAACUCGCAAAAAAUGUAUCAGGAAAUGGUAAUGCGGGCUCUAGUUAUGAUCGAAGAGUACAGCAAGAGUAUAUAAAAACACAGGAGGCUCUGAAAGAAGUUUCUGAAAGAAUGGAAAAGUUGGAAAGAGAAAGGAGAGAUUUCUUCAUGGCUCGUGGUACUCGACCACCCGAUCAAGAUUGUGCAAAGGAAGCAGCGGAGAUAGAACGAUUGGAUAAGGAGUUGACGAAAUGUCGGGAUAAAUUGGAGGAACUUACAAAACAAUGCCGUCAACAAACCGAAUAUAUCGAUGCAGUGGCAAGAGGUUUGAAACCGAGUUCGAACGAUCCAAGCCCUGGAGUUUUGCUAUCUGAUCAAGCUUUUGAUGAACUAUGCAGGCAUUUUGAUAGCUAUCAUGAAAAUGCAGAAGGAUCAGAAGCUAGAAACAAAGAGCUAGAGAAUAGCUUGAAAAACUUUAUACUUCAUCCAGACAACAAGAAUAAGCAGGAAUUGGACAAGAAGCUCAGGGCUGAAAUAAAUGCUGCAAAUGCCUCUAUCGACACAAAAAAUAAGGUUGUUGAGGAUCUACGGAGAGAGAUAAGAAAGCUGAUGAUAGAACGAAAGGCAGCUGGGGAGCAACAUGAAAAAUACAGAUCAGAAAUGCAGGAAAUGAAUCUCGAGAAAGAUAGACUCAACGCAGCUUUAAAGGCAGCCGAAUUGAAAGCGACUAAGAUAGUAAAGGUCGAAGCCAGCGGAGCUGGUGUUUUUUCGAACGAAGAGAAGUCAAAUCUAGAACAGCAGCUCAAAGAUCUUAUGGAUCAAAAUAUGCUUCACGAAAAGAAUAUGCACCUUUGUCAAGAGACUAUCAAAGAUCUCCACGAAGGUAUUGCUACAAGGGACGCGAAAAUCGAAUCCUUGACGGUCAUGAUUAAUUUUGAUGAUGAUAUAAACAAGAACCGACAGGAAAAACAAGACCUCAGAGAGAAAGUUAUCGCACUCGAGCAUUAUAUCGAUAAUGAGCUAGCCAGGCAGUCUAUAAACAACUACGUUGAUCCCGAUGAUCCAGGUGAUCCAGAUGAUCCAGAUGAUCCAAAAGAUAAAGCUGAGAAUGCAGCUCAGAAACAAGAGAUAGCUCGUCUCAAGGAGCAAUUGGAAACAGAGUCUAAGAAUGCCAAAUCACAAAUUGACAAGCUUGUGAUUCAAUUAGAAAAAGAUUCCAAGACAGCUAAUCCCGAGGUUGCAAAAUACAAGAAGCAAUUAGCCGACGCAAUAAAAGAAAGACACCAAACUUUACAAGAGACUCAAGCUGAACGAGCUGCAGCAAAGAAAGAGAAUGAUGAAGCCUUGGCAAGAUCUGAGACUCGACGAGUUGCGGCCGAGAAAGAACUUAAUGAAAUCUUAGGAUGGUAUCAGGAUACACGAGCUGAGGCAAAGAAAGAGAGGGAUGAGGCUUUAGCAAAAUCUGAGGCUCGAGUGGCUGCGAUAAAGAAGGAACAUGAUGAAAUCAUAGCAAAAUCUGAGGCUCAACGGACUGCGGCAAAGAAAGAAAGUGAUGAAAUCGUCGCAAACCUACGAACAACAAUUGCUGAUCUGCGAACACAAAUCACUAAUUUAAACGGUGUUAACAUUGGACUCAGAGCAACUAUGCAAGAAAAAAUCGACGCUUUAACAAAGGAGAACGCAGAAUUGCAAGGAAAAACUUCAGAUGAGGUUGCUGCUAAUGGACCACUUGCUAAGGCCCUCGAUGACCUCGAGAAUAGGGACUUGAGAAUUGCUCUUUUGGAUGAACAAAUCUCCGAUGCUAGUAAAAGACAUGAGCAACAAAUCAAAGAUAUUCAAGCAAGGCUUGAUGAAGCUAGGUUAAAUGCUAAUGGUAUCUCACCACAAGGUCUAAGAGCAUUGAGGAAGACUUUAGCCGAUUGUAGAAAAAAUCAUCAUGACGAUCAAAUAACCAUUACAAAUCUAGAAGCGGAACUCGAUGCUUGUCAACGAAGGGGACAACAUCAACUUCGACAACUACAAGAGUAUGCAGGUCUUCAUCAACAUGAUGAUGGAGGAGCUGCUGCUAAAGAAAGAGUAGCUCAGCUUGAACUUGAGAAUGCUGCAAUCGAAGAAGAGUUGCAAGCUGCAAAGGUCGAAAGAGAUCAGAAAGCAGAAGAGGAAAGAAAGAGAGCUGCAGCAGCACAUCAAAAGGAAUUGGAUGAUGCUGAGGGUGAUGUGGACAUAGAUACUACAAGUGUUACAUCGCACGAUUCUAAUGAUGAAAUUAACAAGCAACAUAUCGAAAGGCUCAGAAGACAAACUGAAGAUCUCAAGAGGCUCAAGAAUGAGAAUCUUAAUAUGGAAAUACAACUUAAUGUUUCGAAGAAGACUCUAGCAGCUCUUCAAAAUCAACGUACAGAUCUUCAAAACAAAUUGAGAGACUGUCAAAAACAUAGGAAGGAACUCAUGGAUCGACAGGUUGAGGUAGAACCAGGUGCUCCAGAUUUUGUACCAGAUAAUUCUCAAAGAAUCACGGAGCUCGAGACUCGAAUUUCUGAGUUGGAAGCUUUACUUGCAGGAGCUGAAGAAACAAGUGCAACUCUUCAAUUACAAAGAGAUGCAGCAAUUGCAGAAAAUGAAGGAAGUAAACAAAAGAUGGCUGAUCUUCAAACUGCUCAUGACAUAAUGGCUGGCGAGGGACCUAAACUUGGAUUGAAACGUAUCAAGACAAGAAUUGCUCUUCAAGCUAAAGCAACCAAACUUAGAAAUAUUGCAGCAAGAGAAGCACAGCAAGCUGCAGAUGCUCUUGCGAAAGCACAAGCUGCGCAAGCUAAAAAGGACGCGGAUAAAGCUAGGAGGGAUGCUCUUGAAAAGGCCAGAAAAGACGCGGAAGACAAACCAGAUGACCACGACCACGAUAACAAUCAACCUCCACCGCCUCCACCUCCUGGCGGAUCCGGAGCAAUUGCAGUUCCAGGAAAUGGCAGUAGUAAUGACACGGAUGAAACGGAAGAGGAGAGAAAGGCGAGGAAGGAGAAGGAAAGGAAAGAAAAGAGGGAAAAGGCGAAAAGGAAGAAGGAGGAAAGCGAUAGGAAGCAUAAGGAAAAAAUGGCAAAUAAGUUCAGGGGCAUAAGCCAACUGAAUAAAAAACCCAGAAUACCACCUAUACCCGAGGAGGAGGAGGAAAAAGAUUCAUCAGAUAGUUCGGACCCUGACAUGGAGGCAGACGGGGAUGACCACUUAAAUGAUUCCGAUACCUAUUAUCAAAUCGCGGGAUAUGGUGCUCAACCACAGAAAUCGAGUUUUGUAGGCAGAAAGCCAGCUUCAAGACCCAGGGUCACAUUUAAUGAAAAGAAAUAUGUGGUGGAGCCGGAGAUUGAGCAGGAGGAUAAAGGUGAUGAAGUGGAGGAGGAUGAAUUCUGGGAUGACUUGGUAGAUUUGGAGCCGGCUGGAGAUGAAAUGGAUACAACUGAAGGGAAGAAGAGUUUGAAGAGGGCUUUACCACUCUCUGGCAAACAAUCAGAUAAGGUGAAGAAAACCAAGAGAUCGAAGGCGAAAUUCUCGAGUAGAAAGAGUCUUAGAGUGAGCGACCCACAAGGUGGAAAGAAGGGGCGAAGAGGGGCGUGA